AAGAGGAAAACAGUUAAGAAAAAUAGAACAGUUAAAGAAGGUUCCAUUACUCUCAAGCAAAGCCUCAAAUCACAGAUUCACACAUCUCAAUCUCCAUCUCCAUCUCAUUCAAUCCAAUGCUAAUGUCUUCUGUAAAACCCUCAUUGCACACUCUCUUCUCCCUUCGUGGUUCACUCUUAACCCUCGCAAUCCUCACUCUUCUUUCAUUCACCUAUCUCUCCCUCAAAUAUUCCACCCCUUCACAACAGGUUUCAGAGUCAGUUGGGAAGCUCGUAGAUGCGGAAAGAAGAGAGGAAGAAGAAGAUGAUGAUGAAUUUGGUGAUGUUUAUCACUCGCCGCGCGUGUUCAAGUUGAAUUACGAAGAGAUGGAGAAGAAGUUCAAGGUUUAUGUUUACCCAGAUGGGGAUUCGAAAACUUUUUAUCAAACUCCGAGGAAGCUUACAGGGAAGUAUGCUAGUGAAGGUUAUUUCUUUCAGAAUAUUAGGGAGAGUCGUUUUCUUACUCUUCAUCCUGAUCAGGCUCACCUCUUUUUUAUUCCGAUUUCGUGUCACAAGAUGCGCGGCAAGGGCACGUCUUAUGAGAAUAUGACCAUAAUUGUACAAAAUUACGUGGAGAGCUUGAUAUCCAAGUAUCCAUAUUGGAACAGAACCUUGGGUGCCGAUCACUUCUUUGUCACUUGUCAUGAUGUUGGUGUAAGGGCAACAGAAGGACUUCCAUUUCUUGUGAAGAAUGCCAUUCGAGCAGUGUGCUCCCCUAGCUAUGAUGUUGGAUUCAUUCCACACAAAGAUGUUGCUCUCCCUCAAGUGUUACAACCAUUUGCUCUUCCAUCUGGAGGGAAUGAUAUAGAAAAUAGGACUACUCUGGGGUUUUGGGCUGGUCAUCGUAACUCUAAAAUUAGAGUUAUUCUUGCACGUGUAUGGGAAAACGACACAGAACUUGACAUUUCAAAUAACCGAAUUAGUAGGGCUACUGGGCAUCUAGUGUAUCAGAAAAGAUUUUACAGGAGUAAGUUUUGUAUAUGCCCUGGUGGAUCGCAGGUUAAUAGUGCUCGAAUAGCAGACUCUAUCCAUUAUGGAUGCAUACCUGUGAUAUUGUCAAAUUACUAUGACCUUCCUUUUAAUGAUAUUCUUGACUGGAGAAAAUUUGCUGUUGUACUCAAGGAGAGUGAUGUAUACCAGCUUAAACAAAUCCUCAAAAAAAUAUCUCAGGCUGAGUUUGUUGCACUUCAUAAUAAUUUAGUAAAGAUUCAGAAACACUUCCAGUGGAAUUCGCCUCCAGUGAGAUAUGAUGCUUUCCAUAUGGUUAUGUAUGAUCUCUGGUUACGCCAUCACACCAUCCAAUACUGAUACUGAUGAUAUUAAGACUCAAUCUUGUUUUGUAUACACCUUUUCUUAUACUUCAGUUUUAGUAACCCAGAGAGGCACUGUAAAUAACUACGUUAGAGUUUUGUAUGUAACAGAAUCUGGUUUUUCAAUAUUCUUCCAUCCUCAA